AUGGCCCAUCUCCAGACAGCGAAACUUCCUUAUCGGGAUACCAACAUCAGAGUCACCACCGACGCGUACACCUUCACCUCGCCCUCGUCCCCCGAUGCGCCUGCUUUGAUCCUCGACCGGCCGACCGGCGAUGUGCGUUUGAGCGAAGGUUCUGCCGCCACUUCCAAGCGGGCAUCUCGAGUCUCCAGCAUUGCUGGUAUUCUGGGCAUCGUUCAGCUUAGACUAGACAAAUAUGUGAUUCUCAUCAACAAAGCCAACCCGGUUGGCCGCCUCAAGGGCCACAUGAUCUAUAAGAUCGCUUCGACUGAGAUACUGCCCAUGAGAGAGCGGCAAGUUCACGACCCCGACGAGGAUACAUUCAUCGAGCUUCUCAAGACGUUCCUCGCGCAAGGCCCCAUGUACUUCUCCUACUCCAUCGACUUGACCAACUCGGUCCAGCGUCAGUCCCAGUCCGACACUACAAAUCCCCUGUGGAUGAGAGCCGACGAUCGCUUCUUUUUCAACCGAUAUCUCCAAACCGAUUUGAUCAACUUCCGAAACCGGGGCUCAAGGAGUCAGCCAGGCUCUCGCUCCGGAGUCGACCCUUUCAUCCUUCCGUGCAUCUUUGGCAUGCUUGAAAUCAAGCCAACGACGUUCAAGAGCACGCAAUUGACGCUGGCCCUCAUUUCUCGUCGAUCACGCUUCCGAGGUGGCACGCGAUACUUCACUCGAGGUCUGGACGAGAAGGGCCAUGCCGCCAACUACAAUGAAACUGAGCAGAUUGUUAUUCUCAAUGACCGUAGCAGCGGAUUAGGCGGCUAUGCUGGCAGUUCUGACAUGCAGAGCGGCAAAAUUGGGGGACCGAACGAGAAGGAAGUGCAGCUUUUCUCUUAUGUCCAGACUCGAGGCAGUGUUCCGACAUACUGGGCUGAAAUCAACACUCUGCGCUACACUCCCAAGAUUCAGGUGCGAAGUACCGAGUCAGCAGCCGCAGCCGCAAGGAGGCACUUUGAUGAGCAAAUCCGCAUCUAUGGUGACAACUAUCUCAUUAACCUUGUCAAUCAUAAAGGCCGAGAGCAGAAGAUCAAAGACUCUUACGAGAAGAUGGUUCAGACACUGGUCUCGUCUCCGACCGCGAAGCAGGAAGCUGACAGGCUUACUGAUGAAAAGUUCACUACCAUUCAGCCUGGCAGUUCUCAGCAGGAGUUCGACCGCGUACACUACGUCUACUUUGACUACCACACCGAGACAAAGGGCAUGAACAUGCACAAGGCAUAUGCACUUGUCGAAAGAUUAGCCAAUGUACUUGAAUCACAGGGCUAUUUCCGUGGCAUUGACACGCCAGCGAAUAAGGACAGAUUGAUUGAUGCUCGAAGUCUCCAGACCAGCGUCAUGCGCACCAACUGCAUGGACUGCCUUGACCGUACUAAUGUCGUCCAGAGCAUGUUUGCACGCCACAUGCUCGAUCGCGUGUUCCAGGAUCUUGGCUUGCUCCAGCGCGGCUCUUCAUUCCGUGACGAGGACCCAGCUUUCGAGUUCCUCUUCCGGAACCUGUGGGCGGACAAUGCUGAUGUCGUCUCCAAAGCCUACUCCGGUACUGGCGCAAUGAAGACUGAUGUCACGAGAACUGGCAAGCGGACCAAGAUGGGUGCUCUUCAGGAUGGUCGAGUCGGUGUCACCCGAUACUUCCUCAACAACUUCAUGGACGGACCCCGCCAGGAUGCUUUUGAUCUGUUCCUCGGAGCAUACGAGCCUGGAGCUGCCAACAUCGGCAACAACCUCAUCUUUGUGGACAAGCGGCCCCUCCUUAUCCAGUCAAUCCCUUACUUGCUUGCGUUUAGCGCCUUCGUUAUUUUCAUCAGCAUCUUCACCAAGCGGGAUCCAACCUCGAGUUCGCUCCCCAUCCGGCUCUUCAUGCUCUUUUGGCUCGGCGUUGCUGGAUACUGUAUUCACUUCAUCGUUGGCCACGGCAUGCUCUAUGUCAACUGGCCUCGUCUUAACCCACGACCAUUCGCUGUUGAGGCGUAUGGCGAGAGCUUCACAAAGGCCAGAAAGGACUCCCUGGUUGGACCCUUCGUGGCCAAGCACGAGAGAGGAUUGAGCACAGCCCGUUACCUCAAUGCAGAGGAGGGCAAGAAGAGAAUUGAAUAG